AUCUUCACUCGCUUUCUCCUCAUCCACUUCUCUUCCUCUUCUCAAUAUGACUUAUGUACUGUACAAUUACACUCCCUCUGCCGCGGCUGCGAUCAUCUUUACCAUCGCGUUUGCCAUCUCCACUGCGCUCCAUUUCUGGCAAAUAUUCACGAAAAAGACGUGGUACUUUAUUCCCUUUGUCAUCGGAGGAUGUUUCGAGGUACUCGGGUACAUCAUGCGAUACAUGUCCGCCAAACAAAGCCCAAACUACAGCACCGGCACAUACGCCGGCCAGAAUCUCCUCCUCCUCCUUGCGCCCUCCUUCUUCGCGGCGUCGGUGUAUAUGAUCCUCGGCCGGAUCAUCCGCCUGCUGAACGCUGGCUCCAUCUCGCUCGUCCGACCGAACUGGUUGACUAAGAUCUUUGUGACGGGCGAUGUCCUUUCCUUUUUCAUCCAGAGUGGAGGUGGUGGAAUGAUGGCCACCGCAUCGACCACAUCGGCCGUGAACAUGGGCGAGAAGAUGAUCAUCGGCGGUCUCUUCGUCCAGGUCCUCUCCUUUGGCUUCUUCAUCAUUGUCUCCUUUGUCUUCCACCGCCGCAUGCUGGCGAGCCCCAGCCAUGCCGUCGUCAAGACCGAGAUCCCCUGGACCAAGUAUAUGAUGGUGCUGUACGCCGCCAGUCUGAUGAUCAUGGUCCGUUCCAUCUACCGAGUCGCCGAAUACAUCCAGGGCACCACCGGCUUUCUCCAGAGCCACGAGGUAUUUAUCUACAUCUUCGACGCCACUCUCAUGCUCGGCUGCUGUAUUCUCUUCAAUCUGUUCCACCCGAGCAAGAUCAUCUCCAAGGAUCGUCUCAAGGGUGGGGACGAGGUCUUGCUUGGCGAUAGCAGUUAUGCGCGUGUUUAAUCAGCGUUGAUACCACUUGGCAUUAUAUUAGAUAUCAAUUUUAAAAUAGAUGCUUGCCAUUAUACUCUCUGUUAUACAGAAUAUCAAUUUCUUGGCGCCAAG